AUGGAUGAGCAGAAGACUAGCCACCAGGAGGGAUCGCACCUCGUCGAGUUCACUUACGCUAACUUCGACAAAACCUUCAAAACAACUCGGUUUUUGGGAGAGGGGGCUAGUGGUAAAGUAUUUUUGGGAGAGUUCUCCAACGGACCAGUGUGCGCCAAAGUCGGAGUAAGCCAUGGCAUCAACAACGCCUUCAGCAUAGAAAAAGAAAAUAAUUUGCAGGUAAACGGUGCUGGCGGAUCCCCCGUCCUGCUGGGGUCAUGUACAGAUUACCCAGUACUGAUCUUCUCACUCUGCCAGGGCCAGACAUUGGAUGAGGUUGUCGAAAAUCUAAUCGUUUUUUCUCCCACUAAAUUAUCACUCAUAUUUCUGCCCAUCGCUGAAGGCCUAGCCGAGGUACACAGCCGGGGAAUCAUCCAUAACGAUAUCAAAGUGGAUAACGUUUUACUUGAGAAGAACUCCGAUGAGUCUUACACCUCCCACUUUAUCGACUUUGGAUUAUCAACAGCCGAUGGUGGCCACCUGACCUCACACAGCAAUCCGAAAGGAAGCCAUUACGCCCCGGAGCUGUUUAAGGGUCUCCCCUGCACCCCGGCAAGUGACAUCUACUCGCUCGGAGUUAUGAUCUCCGACGUCCAAUAUUGUUUUGAUAACCCCUGGCCGCCAGGGGUUAAACGCCUGUGCAAGCAAAUGCUCAACCGCAACCCUCAGCACCGUCCAAUUCUUUCUAAAGUAAUAAAAGUUUUGAGAAAAUCCCUUAAGGGGCACUCCCGUGAGGUGCUCUCUUCCACCAAAGCCCACCCCACCUACCAAGCUACGCGAGUCUAUUGA